GCUACUUCUAAACGUCUUUGAUUUGAUCAAAGAACACCGCUGAAGCAGCCACAAAAUGUCAGCUCUCAGUCUGGUCGCUCUGGUCAGCCUGGUGUCCACUGUUUUUGGCAAAGAGUUGGACGCUCACCCACCCCAACAGCAACACAGACACUGGGCACAGAUCUGCAGCGGGAAUCCCACCAACAAAAUCCGGGGCUGCGAUAGAUACGGCUGUGGCCAGUUCGGCGCUGACAGGGACAGUGGUAAAGGCAGGCAUAAAAAACAUGAGGGCGUGGAUGUCAUCUGUGCCGACGGAGCGACAGUGUACGCUCCUUUUAGCGGCCAGCUCUCCGGACCUGUUAGAUUCUUUCAUAACGGGAAUGCCAUCGACGAUGGAGUCCAGAUCAGGGGAUCAGGUUUCUGUGUAAAGCUCGUCUGUAUUCACCCCAUCCGAUACCACGGCCAAAUCGAGAGAGGGCAACAGCUCGGGAGAAUGCUGCCAAUGCAAAAAGUAUUUCCUGGCAUUAUCUCUCACAUCCACGUUGAGAACUGUGACCACUCUGAUCCUACUCAUCUACUUACGCCUGCUGUUCUGCCACUGCCACAACAAGACAGUCGCUGGGCAGUAGUAUGCUCUGGGAAUCCUACAAACGAGAUAAGAGGCUGUGACAGAUACGGCUGCGGAUACUACGGAGCUCCAAGACAAAACGGUAAAGGAAAGCACAAAGGUGUGGAUGUCAUUUGUGCUGAUGGAGCAACUGUGUAUGCUCCCUUUUCUGGCAAGCUCUCUGGACCCAUUAAAUUCUUCCACAACGGAAAUGCCAUUGAUGACGGAGUCCAAAUUGAGGGAGAAGGUUCCUGUGUAAAACUACUCUGCAUCCAUCCCAUCAGAUACAACGGUAGAAUUUCCAAGGGACAAGUCCUUGGGAGAAUGCUGCCAAUGCAAAGAGUAUUUCCUGGAAUCACAUCUCAUAUUCACGUUGAGAACUGUGAUCGCUCAGAUCCUACUGGCAAUCUUGAAAGGGGGAAAUGGCGCAAAGAGUGAAAUGGAAAUGUAGUAAACUCCAAAUAAAUUCAUCUCAGCAUCCAAAAGUUGUUUUUUCUUCUCUCGCACAACAGUUUAUACUGGUACUGAUUCAAUACUUUCAGCCUUACAUAAUAUUGCAAGAUGCUAACAUUAUAAGGCCACUGUUUUAUAAGUACCUGUAACUGUUGUGGAUUGUCUACCUUAAGCCAAUUAACAAACUUUACUACCCCUUGGCUCAAGAUUACUUUAGAUUGUGAAGGAAUUUAGAGGAAAACUAGAGGGAAAUUUAUUGAAAUACUUCACAGGCCAUGAAGAGAAACAGCGUUUCCAUUGGAUGGCAAAAGGGACUCCACACAAGGAAGGAAGUUUUAAGCUUUAGUUGGAAUAUGCAUUUAAAAGGGAAUCAGAAAAUUAGCAAUGACAAAUUAUAAACUUUCUCAAGGAGUCUGCAAAGUCAUCAAGCCUGGAGGCUGGCUCACCCACCCCCUCAUGUGGUGGAAAAAAAAUGCACUACUGUUAGCUUCUCACUGGAACUCCUACGUUUUAGCAGCCUUACAAAUCUCUUUAGCAUAUGAGGUGAAAAAUUCUGCACCCCAUUUGGAGGAUUUUAGUUACUCUUACAAACUGCAUCAUCGCCUUACGUGCUUUAGAGACAGGGUUUUAAAAAGUGUCUUCAGGGCAGCGAAACCAGGAAAAGCCAUUAAAACAGACAAAAUUUGCCUCAGCUACCACAUGCAGAGCUUGAGCACAAGCUCCUCAAGGGACAGUGGGAAGUAAAAGGAGCAGGCAGAUGCCUUCAGGCUGUUGCCAAGUGCAAUAC